CUAUGUCUCAAAAUUACCAACAACUAUCUUACAACCAUCGGAUAUGCCCUUAAUAGCAUCAUCCUUCUUUUUCUAAGAAAACAACUUAGUAGCAUCAUCUCAUCCACGAGGGUGGGGCAGAGUGGCUGCCGCUUAAACAAGUCAAUAACAACGAUUUUAACAAGAUGCUCUUGAGGACGGAUGAUUCCCCACAACCCCACACCACACUGCCACCACGCACCCCACCCCACCCCACCCCGAAAGAUCGAUAGGAUCAGUGUGGCUGGCCGCAUCUCUCCGCCACCGGUUUCAGCUCCCGCACAGCACCACGUUGCCCGUCCCGAUCUGCCGUGCAGGCAGCCACAUGACAUGAGCCGCCAUUGUUUCUACACACUUACUUCGAUGGAGAAGAAGAUCCUCCCCCUUCCCCUUCCCACGCGCAGGCGCAGCCAAAGCACCCGUCGUCUUUCUAGGACAAUCGUGGAAAAGUAGGUAGGUAGGUGGGUGGGUGGGGUGGCAGUCCAUUGCUAUCCUCUCCUCCUAGCUCGCUCUAGAUAUCAGACUUCUCCUUUGCUUUGCCCGAUUGACGUCACUUUCCGAUGGAUGCCAUGGCGGUGUGAGCAGUAAGCAGUUCCUCUGAGCUGCUGUGAGCUCCGGCGAGAAAGAAGCAGGAAGGUCUGGAGCCAUGGGGGAGGUCGCGGCAGAGAUGUACACCCAGGACGGCACCGUCGACAUCAAGGGCAACCCGGCCCUCAAGAAGGACACCGGCAACUGGCGCGCCUGCCCCUACAUCCUCGCGAACGAGUGCUGCGAGCGGCUGGCCUACUACGGCAUGAGCACCAACCUGGUCAACUUCAUGAAGGACCGGAUGGGCAUGGCCAACGCGGCGGCGGCCAACAACGUCACCAACUGGGGCGGCACCUGCUACAUCACCCCGCUCAUCGGCGCCUUCCUCGCCGACGCCUACCUCGGCCGCUUCUGGACCAUCGCCUCCUUCAUGAUCAUCUACAUCUUCGGCCUGGGCCUGCUCACCAUGGCCACCUCCGUGCACGGCCUCGUGCCCGCCUGCGCCUCCAAGGGCGUGUGCGACCCCACGCCCGGCCAGUCCGCCGCGGUCUUCAUCGCGCUCUACCUCAUCGCGCUCGGCACCGGCGGGAUCAAGCCCUGCGUCUCAUCCUUCGGGGCCGACCAGUUCGACGAGCACGACGACGUGGAGCGCAAGAGCAAGAGCUCGUUCUUCAACUGGUUCUACUUCUCCAUCAACAUCGGCGCGCUCGUGGCCUCGUCGGUGCUGGUGUACGUGCAGACGCACGUGGGCUGGAGCUGGGGCUUCGGCAUCCCCGCCGUCGUCAUGGCCAUCGCCGUCGGCAGCUUCUUCGUCGGCACGCCGCUGUACCGCCACCAGCGCCCCGGCGGCAGCCCGCUCACCCGCAUCGCGCAGGUGCUCGUCGCCGCCACGCGCAAGCUGGGCGUCGCCGUCGACGGGUCGGCGCUGUACGAGACCGCGGACAAGGAGUCCGGCAUCGAGGGGAGCCGCAAGCUGGAGCACACGCGGCAGUUCAGGUUCCUCGACAAGGCGGCGGUGGAGACGCAGGCCGACAGGACGGCGGCCGCGCCGUCGCCCUGGCGGCUGUGCACGGUGACGCAGGUGGAGGAGCUCAAGAGCGUGGUGCGCCUGCUGCCCAUCUGGGCAAGCGGCAUCGUGUUCGCCACGGUGUACGGGCAGAUGAGCACCAUGUUCGUGCUCCAGGGCAACACCCUGGACGCCUCCAUGGGGCCCAAGUUCAAGAUCCCCUCCGCCUCCCUCUCCAUCUUCGACACCCUCAGCGUCAUCGCCUGGGUGCCCGUCUACGACCGCAUCCUCGUCCCCGCCGUGCGCUCCGUCACCGGCCGGCCGCGCGGGUUCACGCAGCUCCAGCGCAUGGGCAUCGGCCUCGUGGUCUCCAUGUUCGCCAUGCUCGCCGCCGGCGUGCUCGAGCUCGUCCGCCUCCGCACCAUCGCGCAGCACGGGCUGUACGGGGAGAAGGACGUGGUGCCCAUCUCCAUCUUCUGGCAGGUGCCGCAGUACUUCAUCAUCGGCUGCGCCGAGGUGUUCACCUUCGUGGGGCAGCUCGAGUUCUUCUACGACCAGGCGCCCGACGCCAUGAGGAGCAUGUGCUCCGCGCUCUCGCUCACCACCGUGGCGCUCGGGAACUACCUCAGCACGCUGCUCGUCACGGUGGUGGCCAAGGUGACCACCAGGGGAGGCAAGCAAGGGUGGAUCCCGGACAACCUCAACGUCGGUCACCUCGACUACUUCUUCUGGCUGCUCGCCGCGCUCAGCCUCGUCAACUUCGCCGUCUACCUGCUCAUCGCCAGCUGGUACACCUACAAGAAGACCGCCGAAGAUUCUCCGGACGCCAAAGGAGGAGCUCAUGAUCAGUGAGUGACUGACUGACAUGCUCUGUCUGCGAUUGGUGUCUGAAUGUGUUCAAGAGACAAAACAUAAUACAGUACUAGAUUGUUGAAAGAAGAAGAAAACAAGGAUUGGGACUUCAGAGCUCAGAUAGGUGAAAUUAAGGGAGGGAAAUGAAAUGCAUGGUGUGGUUUGUGACCUCAAGAAUCAAGAGUGUUGUGUUGUUGAUUAAUUCUAGUGCUUGGAAAAAUCUGGCAGAAACAAAGUUCAGAUGUCAAGUUCUUUA